AUUUUCUCCUCUUCAGUCCUGAGCAGACUUUGUCUUCAACUCUUCUGAGUAGAGACCUACUCCUACGACCGAAGACGAGCGACUUCUGGGGGUUUUGCGUUCGUUCAGGUCAAAAAGCUCCCUCCAUAGACGACCCUGCUUCCUCUACGACUUUCUUGACUGCAUUAUUCAAGCUUCUUGUCUUAACGAGCAUUUGCUGUGUCUAAGCCUGCGUUUUUUAAAUACAGUUCGGACCACUCUCGCAAUGUCGGAUACCAAACACCCUGUUGGUGUGCAGACUUCAUCUGCGGCUCCUGACGCCGUCACGUCUCCAUACUUCGAGCCUCCUAAGCAGAACGAUCCAGUGACUGUCAACGAGAAUACACGGGAGGAUGACUCUGGCUCUGAAGCCGUUGCGGAUCGUAUCGAUACGCAGAAGAAGGGGUUCUGGGCAUACUUUACGACAAAGGAGUUCUAUAUCACGCUGAUACUUGGGCAGGUGCUGGCCAUAACAAAUACUGCGACAAGUACUUUCAGCACUCUUCUUAGUCAGGAGGGUACCUCGAUUCCGGCUUUUCAGUCUUUCUUCAAUUACGUUCUGCUCAACCUCAUAUUUACACCUUACACUAUCUACCGUUAUGGUUUCAAGGGCUGGCUCCGCUUGAUGUGGCGCGACGGCUGGAAAUAUAUUAUCUUGGCUUUUUGUGACGUCGAGGGCAAUUACUUCAUUGUGCUGGCAUACCGUUAUACGACAAUGCUUAGCGCCCAGUUGAUCAACUUCUGGGCCAUCGCCGUUGUCGUUUUUAUCUCUUUCCUCUUCUUGCGCGUUCGGUAUCAUAUCACACAGAUUCUGGGUAUUUUGAUCUGUAUCGGUGGUAUGGGUGUCUUGAUUGCAUCCGAUCAUAUCACGGGCUCAAACGGAGGCAAUGUUUCCAGCGGCAACCAGAUCAAAGGCGACCUCUUUGCGUUGUUGGGUGCGAGCUUCUACGGUAUCACCAACACCGGAGAGGAGUACUUCGUCAGCAGCCGCCCCGUGUACGAAGUGCUUGGUCAGAUGGCCUUCUUCGGAAUGAUCAUCAACGGCGUCCAGGCCGGUAUUUUCGACCGUCACUCUUUCCAGAUUGCCGUCUGGAACAGCAGAAUCGGUAGCUAUUUUACCGGAUACACCCUGUGUCUCGCAUUCUUCUACUGCAUGGCCCCGCUCUUAUUCCGCCUGUCGUCCGCAGCCUUCUUCAACAUCUCGCUGCUGACUAUGAAUUUCUGGGGCGUUUGCAUCGGCAUCGAGGUCUUCCACUACAACAUCCAUUGGAUGUACCCGAUCGCAUUCGUCCUCAUCAUCGUCGGCCAGCUUAUCUACUUCCUCGGAAAGCGAGUCCUCGGCGAAGCCCGCAAGCCCUGGCUCGGCAAGAACCAGGAACGUGGCUUUGCGGGGCUCUUUACCGCAAAGGCGAAGAUCGACUCUGUCCGCGCUAACUUAGCUUCUAACAAUAAUCAUAAUGCUAAUGCUGGUGGUGCCCACCAUGAUGACCGCACUGCGGCUACGAUUGAUGAGCGUCACUCGAAUGCCGUUUGAUCACGGCGCUUCGAGAAAGUUGUUAUUUGUUCCUGUCCAAUUCCGCGCGCAUAGUAAUGCCUGAGACAUGGCAUUGACGUCCGCGCAAAAGUUCCCUUUGGUCUCAUUCAGUGCCCAUGAUCAUACAUGUAUAUAGUCUCACACUAGAAUAGAUUCCUCUCCGGUGGAGACUAAGUACGCCUUGAGCUCUGAAAACUUUUACCACACUCACAUACUCAUUGUAUCAGAUCAAGCAUGAACGGGGCC